CGACCAAGACGCAACUGAAGAAGAAGAAUAAGACCAAACAUGCUUUUUUUUGUUGUUCCCAUAAUAAUAAUAAUAUUAUGAAGUUUCUUGUAAAAAAAACAAGAAAUACCCAUUUAAAUGAGUCAGAAACUACUGUUAGUUCGAUGUGCAAAUCGAAAAAGAGCACCACCGUGGUGCAACCCACAACCAGAAACAACCCUCACCCACAACGGACCUCAACAACAUCUUCAUCCUCAAAUCUCCCAUCAUCUUCAACCAGCGAAGUUCCAAUCACAGAAUCAAGAAGUUACAUAUACAACAACUCAAAGCAAAAACAAUGGUCCAAAACCUCUUCAUCAUCUUCUUCCAUUUCAACUCACUCUUCUCUCUCAAGCCUCAAACAUGCUCUCCCUGAAAACCCUCACAUCUACCCUUUCUCCGAUAUCUCAUCCGCCACCAAUAACUUCUCUGCCAACCGUCUCUCCUCCAACUCCUUCCGCUGUUCUCUUCACAACCGCGACGUCGUUGUUUUUCAACGGAAAUUCCGUCGCCAAAUUCACCUCCCUGAGCUUCGUGAUCGACUUGCUCUUAUCUGCCGGAGUCACCAUAGUAGUCUCGUCAAACUUCUCGGAGCUUCUGUCUCCGGGAGCUACAUUUAUCUUGUUUAUGACUUUGUUCCCGGUGCUAAUCUUUCUGAUUGUCUUCGUAAUCGUCGGAAUCCUAGCUUCACCGAUCUUAAUACGUGGACUUCGAGGAUGCUGAUUGCUUCCGAUCUUGCUCACGGUCUUGAUUACGUUCAUAAUUUUGCUGGUUCUGGUUCUGGUUUUGUUCAUAAUCAUAUCAAAAGCUCUAGCAUCAUCGUUGCGGAGGAGAAUUUUGGUGUGAAGAUUUGUCACUUCGGUACGUCGGAGCUUUGUGGCGAGUCUGUCGAUGAUACUGCCGGAUCGGACUCCGGGAGGAAGUUGAAGAAGUCCGGUAGCAAGGGAGUGAGAUUUGAGGGAACGAGAGGGUAUAUGGCGCCGGAGUUUCUUGUUACUGGCGUGGCGACGCAGAAGACGGAUGUUUACGCAUUUGGCGUGGUGGUUUUGGAGAUUCUGAGCGGGGAAGAAGCGGUGAGAUUUGAAUUGGAGGGAAACGAAGGCGGGUAUAAGAGGGUGAGUGUAGUGGAGACGGCGAAGGAAGCGUGGAAGGAGCACGGUGGUGUAAGAAAAUGGGUUGAUCGGAGGUUGAAGGAUUCGUUUCCGAUGGAUGUGGCUGAGAAAAUGAUUCGGGUCGGGUUGGAGUGUGUUGGGGAUGAUCCGAAUGAGAGACCGGAUAUGGGUCGGGUUUCGAUGGAAGUGUCCAAGUUGUAUUUGGAGUCGAAAGAGUGGGAGGAGAAAUUGGGAACUAACAUUGAUUUUUCGGUUUCGUUGGCUCCUCGGUGACCCUAGUUUUUUAUUUUGUUUAUUCUAUACUUUUUUGUUAGGUAAUCUACCAUCUUUUUUUUUUAGUUUUUACAAUGAUAGAUUAACCGAUCGUGUACUUGUUUUUAUUAUAAAAUGUGUAAGAUUUUGUACAUUUUGAUAAAUGUCAAUAAUAUAGAAGAAAAUUGCAUAC